AUGGGUCUCACGUACAACGUCUACCUCAACUCGCAGCGCAUCUACGGCUGCAAGAACUGCAAGACGCACCUUUCGAACCACGACGACAUCAUCAGUCGGAACUUCCGCGGCCAGCAUGGCAAGGCCUACCUCUUCGACUCCGUCGUCAACAUCACCCAGGGCGAGCCCGGCGAGCGCAACAUGACGACCGGCAGGCACAUCGUGCGCGACAUCCAGUGCAGGCAGUGCAAGGAGACGGUCGGCUGGAAGUACGACAAGGCGUACGAAACUUCGGAGAAGUACAAGGAGGGCAAGUACAUCCUCGAGGCCGAGCUCCUCUGCACGGUCACGUAA